UGUGAGGGUCCCCCAGCCCCUGUUCAGCCGGCUCCUCAGCGAUUGAGCCGGGGCUGUCAGGGGCUGUCAGCCGAGGUUGUGAGCAGAUGGCCUAACGGGCGUCCCCUGGGGGCUGCACACACCGGGACGACUAAGAAGCCCAGAAACAGUUCCCUCUCCUGCCUUCAGGCCUCGCCGCCAGGUAAUGGAGCUGUCUCGAGAGGAAGCCCUGUUGUUCACAGCCAGCUGCCUUGUUGUGACAAAUGGUACCACAGAGACGUCAGCCGUCAGCCGCAACUGUUAGUUUCUGAAAGGAGGAACAUGAACGAGGCCUGGCUCCCCCUUGGCCAAGGUCAGCGGGGGCUUCAGGCUGACUUCAACAGCGCCAGCGCCCGAUCCCUGGUGGUGGAAACUGCACGUCAGACCAUGUUGGGUGGACAGGACAGUGGGGAGCAUCUGGCUCAAUCCUCUCCAUUUACAGGGGCACCUCCCACCUAUUGGCUGACCAAUUGAAGAUGGGUGAGUAUAAAGCCAUGGCCCCUUGACUUGGCCAUCCCAGCUGCAGAACGGCCAUCCCAGCUCCGGAGCUCCUACAGGACUGACUGAGCCCGUGCUGCAACUGCGUGGCAGCUCACCUCCUUCUGCCCUGUCCUGCCUGUCACCUCUCACAGGUGAUGCAAAGGGUUCAGGGACCACACUUUGAUAACCAACCACCGGUAUAAAGGCUGCAUUAAACCCCGUUCCUCCCACCUCCCUGCACCGCUCGCCUAAGAAAGCACAAGCGACUAGUCGUCUGGAAACCUCAGGAAGGACCCAAAAGAAACAGCUCCCCGAUGCAAGCCGGAACCGAGAUGUCAGAAGAUUUAGCAAAGCAGCUAGCAAGCUACAAAGCUCAACUCCAGCAAGUUGAAGCAGCAUUAUCUGGAAAUGGAGAAAAUGAAGAUUUGCUAAAAUUGAAGAAAGAUUUACAAGAAGUCAUAGAACUAACCAAAGACCUUCUGUCAACUCAACCUUCUGAAACUCUUGCAAGUUCAGACAGUUUUGCUUCUACUCAGCCCACUCAUUCAUGGAAAGUAGGAGACAAGUGUAUGGCAAUCUGGAGUGAAGAUGGACAGUGUUAUGAAGCGGAGAUUGAGGAGAUAGAUGAAGAAAAUGGCACCGCUGCAAUCACCUUUGCUGGUUACGGCAAUGCUGAAGUGACUCCACUGUUGAACCUCAAGCCUGUAGAAGAAGGAAGGAAGGCAAAAGAGGAUAGUGGCAACAAACCCAUGUCAAAAAAAGAAAUGAUGGCCCAGCAACGUGAAUAUAAAAAGAAGAAGGCUUUGAAAAAAGCACAGAGAAUAAAAGAACUUGAGCAGGAAAGAGAGGACCAGAAGGUGAAAUGGCAACAGUUCAACAACAGAGCCUAUUCUAAAAACAAAAAAGGCCAGGUAAAGAGGAGUAUUUUUGCUUCACCUGAGAGUGUAACGGGCAAAGUUGGAGUAGGAACUUGUGGAAUUGCUGAUAAACCUAUGACACAAUAUCAAGAUACUUCUAAAUACAAUGUUAGGCAUUUGAUGCCUCAAUAAUCAGAAAAACUGUUGGAUUUCAUCUCUGCAGGGCUUUACAUUUACCUUUUUAUCCUUAUAUUUUUCUAAAGGUAAAUUAUUUGUUAGAUGAGUAAGGAAGACACCGUUGUUGUCAUGUUUGACUUCAAUAGAAUGAAACUUGAAGAAAUUGAAUUUGAUAACUGCUAUUCAUUUAACUUUUUUCAUUACUACUACCACAGUUCCCUCAAAGUUUGUUGAAUAAAGCAACUUUUCUAAAUGCUGCUUAGUACAGCGCUUAGAUGAAUUGUUGAUCUUCCUAUUAUCAGGCCCCCACUUAAUCUAUGGUAUAUACCUUUUGUAAGUCAUCACUUGGAAUUUUCAGAUGCUUUGAACUUGAUACAUAUUCUAGCAAUUCAUUGAAACAUAAAGGCAAAACAACCUGCUAAAGAGAGAUCUUUACCUUUUUUUUUUUUUUUAUCUUCAACUUUAAAACCUAGCUUUUGUCCAGUUCAGCCUAAAUAUAGGUUAAUUUGUAAAUGGCAACGUUUGUUUUGAGGUUUUUUCUUCAAUACUUUGUUUCCUCGGCCUAUUAUGCCAUCACUAAUGUUGAUCCAGCUUUUAUUUUUAUUCAAGUUUUAGUUUUAUGUAAGAAACCAUGUUUAGGAUGAGCUACCUUUUCGAAGGUAUUUUUGUUUUCUGUAUGUUUGCUUUUUUCCUGUGUUGAUUUUUCACUUAGUUGUGGUACCAUGUGGAUGUGUAAUGUUUAUAUGGGAAGACAAAAAGCUUGAUGUAUAGCCCUGUAUACAGUGUAGAUACUAUUUUUGUAAAAACAAGGCUAAAUUAAUGAACAAGAGUACUGAAUGUUUCAUUAAAAUUUCCUGUAUUUCUUGUGCAUUAAUCUGACCAUAAUUUUCCUGUAUAUUAUGUUCAUGUAGCUGAAUUUAUAAUUUUUUAACUAGAUCAAGUCAGCAUUUGUUGGUAUAAGUGAACAUCACAGUUACUGUCAAUUGAGUUUAAGCCAAAUACAUGCAUAGAAAAGGGUCUUCCUAUUAAUGGAAGAUGAUUUUUAGGAUGUAUGUUAAUUUCAGUUUUUGUAUGUUUAACUUUUAUUAAAUAAAGUGUUUUUGAAAUCUC